AUGACUUUGUUUCUGUCUUCUACUUACAGGGAAGUUUGGAAGGCCAUCUUUCUCGGUCAGAUCGUUUCAUUUCUCUUGUGUGGUACAGGAGUUUCAAGUCAGUUUCUUCAGUCAGUCUACAAGAUUCAAAUUCCGACAGCUCAGAGCUUCCUCAACUAUGUGCUCCUGUGUACGGUGUUCACCACGUGGCUCGCUUGUAGAGCAGGAGAUGGUGGACUUAUUCCAGUGCUUAGAAGAAGGGGCUGGAAGUACUUUUUAGUGGCCGCUGCAGAUGUCGAAGCCAACUAUCUAAUGGUCAAGGCCUAUCAGUAUACCACGCUCACAAGUGUACAGCUCCUGGACUGCUUUAGCAUCCCGACAGUCCUGGCUUUGUCGUGGCUCGCUCUUAAAGUCCGCUAUAAAAUAGUUCACAUCCUUGGAGUAGGAGUAGCCCUUCUUGGAGUAGGCUGUGUGGUUUGGGCUGACGCUGAGAAAGACAAAGGUAAUCAAAUAGCCAGCAACAGACUUCUGGGUGACAUGCUGUGCCUCGGCGGUGCCUCUCUGAUCGGGGUGUCGAACGUGGCAGAAGAAUACGCCAUUAAAACAUACAAUAAAGUCGAAUUUUUGGGAAUGUUAGGACUAUUUGGGAGCGUAGUUAACGGAUUACAGUUAGCCAUUUUAGAAAGGAAAGAAUUAGCUGUGAUAAAUUGGGGAAAACUGGAACAAGUUGCUGCACUCCUCGUGUUCUCCACGUGCCUCUUUCUUCUCUACGUCAUCAUGCCCUUCCUCAUGAAAAUCACCAGCGCCACCGCAGUAAACCUGUCCAUAUUAACUUCUGAUUUUUAUAGUCUUCUUUUUGGAAUAUACCUUUUGAAAUAUGAGUUCCACUGGCUGUAUCUCCUUUCCUUCACCUUCGUCAUCAUUGGAGUUGCUGUUUACAGCACUAAGCCUGCACCAGUUUUAAACGAAAUCCGGUCCUUGGAAGCUCAAGGUGACUUAGAGAUGGCGCUACAAACGCCUUAUAACACACAUAUUUAUAAAUCAGCGGGCUCCAAAAAAGAUAACCCACGUUAUGAUCUUAACACAGAACCAGACAGGACUAGAGGCAUGACUGUGGUUUCCAUAUCUCAUGCCGUUUGUGUCCACGCUUCACAAGACUCAACCCAAGCGGAAAGACGAAACGGGAUGACAAGGUUUCCUUACCAUACUACCUGCUGACUGAUAGACUAAGAUCAGACAAACAGACAAAACAAAAACGAGUCGUUCCGUGCCAGUAAAGACUCGUUAUCUAUGGUGUCGUAAGAUGGCGCCUUUGAAGUGCAUUGAACAGAUGUGUUAAAUCUAAUACCUUACGUCAACCAGGAGGGACAAUAUAAAUCUAGUGUUACAGGUGAUGAACACCACAUGCAUCCCCUCCCCCUCCACCCCCAAGACGAGCAGGGACCUCAGCGGCCUGGCCUCGAAAGGCCACAAUAAUUAAAAUAGGGCUCUCUAGAGUGUCCCGUUUUAUCGACCAUGUGUAUUCAGAGUUAUGAUGUGCUACAUGCUUGCAGAUAAUUAAAGGUGGCGCUGCAGUUUGAAUUACCAAAUUUCUAGUAAACAAAACAACAAGACGUCAUAUUAGGCAAAAGUAACCGUUCAAUCUAGUCAAACAUGUCCCAAAUAUGAUGACGAGUUACAUGUGCAAAGAUAAUUACAAAGCCGCGUUUGAGGCUCUGUAGCGUACGUAAUUUAACUUGGCAGAAGCUUGGAUUUAACUUGGAUCCUAUCUUUUAUCGAUCCACCAAGCAAAAUCUAAUUUUGAGUUAAUUUAUCUCAUCGAUCAAGAAGACGUCAUAAUGGUUAUAGUAUAAAGCCCGUUACGUAAGCCCAGUGGAAAAAAAAAAAAAACGUGCACGUAAAUGUUAUGGACCCAAAAAUUUCCAAAAGGAGUGUUUUCACUCUUUCGUUUUUUUUUUAAUUUAUUUCAUGUGACUGACCCCACACCCCCACUCGGCUAUAUUACAAUAAGUACAUCUGUAUUCGUAAAACAUGGUUUUAAUAUUUAGGUUGAUUUUAAGAGACAAAAUUUUAAAAUUUCGUCCGAAAAAUAUAAUUCUUGUGAAAAUACCAAAAAAUACGUUUUCUAAUAUGAUAUGAGGGCAUUCCGAGUGACACAAGAGAAACACUACGUUUUCUAAUAUGACAUGAGGGCAUUCCGAGUGACACAAGAGAAACACUACGUUUUCUAAUAUGACACGAGGGCAUUCCGAGUGACACAAGAGAAACACUACGUUUUCUAAUAUGACAUGAGGGCAUUCCGAGUGACACAAGAGAAACACUACGUUUUCUAAUAUGACAUGAGGGCAUUCCGAGUGACACAAGAGAAACACUACGUUUUCUAAUAUGACACGAGGGCAUUCCGAGUGACACAAGAGAAACAUUACGUUUUCUAAUAUGACAUGAGGGAAUUCCGAGUGACACAAGAGAAACACUACGUUUAUAAGUUUCUCCACUAUUACCAAACGGAAAGUACUUAGAUAUUUGAAUUAUAUUUGCAUACAGCUUUAAAAAAAGGAUCACCCCUCUCCUCAUAAUUUGACUACCCAUUUCGUUGAAAGGAAGAUUUUUUUUUCUUUCUCAAACACUUACAGCCAUGGUAAUAUAAUUUGGCUUUUAUAAAAAUAGUAAUCCAUGUAAGUGAGGUGUUAAAUACACAUACUUACAGGCUGCUAUGUCUAGCGCCAGGGAUUUUUUAAGACGUUGUAUGUUUUUCAUGAAAACGUCUUAUAAAUGAGUUUCUAGGUUCUAAGAACAAUACCUUUAUUGUUUGAUGUAGACUCAGUAGUUUAAAAUUAUAAAGCGCCAAAGAAACAUAUUUAGUUUUAACUGGAAACAAAUAUUACAUAGAUGAAUUAUUGGGUAAUUCAAAUGUGGGUCGUUUAUUGUAUGUAAUAAAGUUAAAUAUGUUUAUAAUUAUUAAAUUAUGUAUUGGUAAAAAUUUUUUAGUGUUGUUUAGGCCUAACAACAGUUGUUAGGCCUAAGUGUUGUUUACCAAUUGGUAAACGAAGAAAAUGGUUUUUCUUUAAUGCACUAAAAUGAUAUUUAUCUUCCUGUCAUUUUUUGUCAGCAACGUUAGUAUAAAACGGGUUUCCAUGUUUAUUAAUAGGUCAUAAAAGAAUUCAUAUAUUUCUAUCGCGACUUUAUUUUAGAAUUACUCUGCUUCCAGACUUGCUGGGUUUCUCUAUUUAAACACCAAUAUAUUAUUGUUAAGAAAUCACAAUCUGAGUCUGAGAAACACGGGCAUUUAACUAAAUAUGGUAAAAGAAAACAUUAAACUAUGUGUCUGUACACUGUUACCACACCAAGAGACUGUUACACAGUUGACAGUUUCUGUACAUCAGAUUGCUACAAUACCAAGAGACUAUUACACAGUUGACAGUUUCUGUACAUCAGAUUGCUACAAUACCAAGUGACUAUUACACAGUUGACAGUUUCUGUACACCAGAUUGCUACUAUACCAUUUCUAAGUUUAAACAGGACAGUUAUGUGACUUGUUAUUGAUACCCAUAUUUCUAAGUUUAAACAGGACAGUUAUGCGACUUGUUGUUGACACCCAUAUUUCUAAGUUUAAACAGGACAGUUAUGUGACUUUUGUUCGUUCAUACCCAUAUUUCUAAGUUACGUUUCUCAUCCUUUGGAUUCUCUACGUAUGGGCCCGGCAUGGCCAGGUGGUUAAGGUGCGGGUUCAAAUCCCCUCCCGCCAAACAUGCUUGCUCUUUCAGC